GCGGCGACAGCUCCGGCUCCGGCUCCGGCUCCCGCUCCCGCGCCGGCCCCGCGCGCCCGGGCCCCGCGCCCCGACCCCGCCGCUGCGCCUGCCGGGGGCCUCGGGCGCCCCCGCCGCCCGCCUCACGCUGAAGUUCCUGGCCGUGCUGCUGGCCGCGGGCAUGCUGGCGUUCCUCGGUGCCGUCAUCUGCAUCAUCGCCAGCGUGCCCCUGGCGGCCAGCCCGGCGCGGGCGCUGCCCGGCGGCGCCGACAACGCCUCGGCCGCCUCGGGCGCCGCCGCGUCCCCGGGCCCGCAGCGCAGCCUGAGCGCGCUGCACGGCGCGGGCGGCUCGGCCGGGCCCCCGGCGCUGCCCGGGGCGCCUGCGGCCAGCGCGCACCCUCUGCCGCCCGGGCUGCUCUUCAGCCGCUUCCUGUGCACGCCGCUGGCGGCCGCCUGCCCGUCGGGGGCCGAGCAGGGGGACGCGGCGGGCGCGGCGCCCGGCGAGCGCGAGGAGCUGCUGCUGCUGCAGAGCACGGCCGAGCAGCUGCGCCAGACGGCGCUGCAGCAGGAGGCGCGCAUCCGCGCCGACCAGGACACCAUCCGCGAGCUCACCGGCAAGCUGGGCCGCUGCGAGAGCGGCCUGCCGCGCGGCCUCCAGGACGCCGGGCCGCGCCGCGACGCCAUGGCCGACGGGCCGGGGGAGUCGCCCGCGCUCAUCCUCGAGCUGGAGGACGCCGUGCGCGCCCUCCGGGACCGCAUCGACCGCCUGGAGCAGGAGCUCCCAGCCCGUGCGAACCUCUCGACUGCCCCAGCCCCUGCCCCCGUGGCGCCCACCGCCCUGCACUCCAAGAUGGACCAGCUAGAGGGGCAGCUGCUGGCCCAGGUGCUGGCGCUGGAGAAGGAGCGUGCGGCCCUCAGUCACAGCAGCCGCCGGCAGCGGCAGGAGGUGGAGAAGGAGCUGGACGCCCUGCAGGACCGCCUGGCCGAGCUGGAGCACGGGUCCUCAGCCUACAGCCCCCCGGACGCCUUCAAGGUCAGCAUCCCCUUCCGCAACAACUACAUGUACGCCCGCGUGCGGAAGGCACUGCCCGAGCUCUACGCGUUCACCGCCUGCAUGUGGCUGCGGUCCCGGUCGGGCGGCACCGGCCAGGGCACCCCCUUCUCCUACUCGGUGCCCGGGCAGGCCAACGAGAUCGUGCUGCUGGAGGCGGGCCACGAACCCAUGGAGCUGCUGAUCAACGACAAGGUGGCCCAGCUGCCCCUGAGCCUGAAGGACAAUGGCUGGCACCACAUCUGCAUCGCCUGGACCACGAGGGAUGGCCUGUGGUCUGCCUACCAGGACGGGGAGCUGCAGGGCUCCGGCGAGAACCUGGCUGCCUGGCACCCCAUCAAGCCUCACGGGAUCCUUAUCCUGGGCCAGGAGCAGGAUACCCUGGGUGGCCGGUUUGAUGCCACCCAGGCCUUCGUCGGUGACAUUGCCCAGUUUAACGUGUGGGACCACGCCCUGACACCUACCCAGGUGAUGGGCAUUGCCAACUGCACUGGGCCACUGCUGGGCAACGUCCUUCCCUGGGAAGACAAGCUGGUGGAGGCCUUUGGCGGUGCAACGAAGGCUGCCUUCGAUGUCUGCAAGGGGAGGGCCAAGGCAUGAGGGGCCACCUCAUCUAGGGCCCCUCGCUUGCCUGCCACUUUGGGGACCUUGAGGGGGGCACAUCUUCUCCUCAGCCUGCCCACGCACUGGCCUUCCCUCCUGCCCUUCUCCUGGCCGUGCCUCCAUUUCCCCUCACCUAUACCCACACGCCCAGAAUGCCUUGUCCUGUGAGCGUGUCCCCUCACCCCACCUGAUGGGGACAAGCAUCUCAAGUCACCAGGUGGAGCCUGGGGUGAGCCGAGGCUCUGCCCACCCUCCUGGCAUUGCACUGGAGUCGUCUGU